AUGGCUCUCGUACCCAUCGCAGGCGCAAUUGCAGGAGCCACAGCUGGCGCCGCCUACCUCGACGCCAAGUUCCACAUCCGCAACGAUCUCAGCACCCUCCGACGAUCAAAAGCAUCACAACGCGAGUUCGAUGCCGCAUGCAAGAAGCACGGAGGUAGAAGCCUCUGGUAUUUUUUCGAAGCGCAAGCACAUCAGCAACCCGAGUCGAGCGAAGCUAUCUGGUCACGAACAGGAUGCUACACCUGGGGAGAGACGUAUGCGAACGCAUGCCGAUACGCGCAAUACUUCCUACAAAAUGGCGUGAAGCCUGGAGAGCUGGUGUCGCUCUACUUGACGAACCAGCCUGACUUCAUGUUCGCGCAUCUGGGAUCGUGGGGUGUAGGAUCGGCGCCAGCCCUCAUCAACCACCAUUUGGCAGGAGAUGCCCUAGUACAUUGUCUGAAAGUUGCAGGCGGUAAACUGCUGCUCGUAGACGAGGAAUCGGAAGCGCAGGCACGGAUAGAAGCAGUUCGUGACAGGAUUGAGGGAGAGCUGGGAAUGACCAUAAGGAUACUGGACAAGCACACGAAGGGCGAGAUUCUGCGCAUGGAGCCAAAGAGACCCGAGGACGAAUAUCGCGCUGGUGUGACGGGCACAUUCCCCAUAUUCCUUUUCUACACGAGUGGUACGACUGGACAUCCCAAAGCGUGCCCAUUUGAGACACAGAGGGCUGGCGUUAUUGCAGUGGGGCGAACGAAGGACCUAGGCAUGAGACCUGGACCGAGUGGCGAUCGGUGGUAUGUUCCUAUGCCGCUAUACCACGGCACGGGGGGCACAACAGCAUUAUCUUGCAUGCUUUCUGGUGUGACACUCUGCAUUGGGAAGAAGUUCUCGACAUCGAAGUUCUGGACCGACGUCCGCGACUCACGAUCGACCGCAUUCGUUUACGUUGGAGAAACCGCACGAUAUCUCCUCGCGAACCCUCCAAGUCCUCUGGAUAAGCAGCACAACGUCAAGGUCAUGUUUGGGAACGGCAUGAGACCGGAUGUAUGGCAUCGUUUCGUGGAGCGGUUUGGCAUAGAGACGGUGGCCGAAUUCUUUAAUAGUACAGAAGGUGUUCUGUCGCUGAUGAACAUUUGUCGUGGACCUUUCCAGGCCACUGCAGUCGGCCACCAAGGUGCGAUCAUGCGAAGGAAGACGUACGAUAUCUACAUCCCGGUGGAGAUAGACUUCGAGACGAACGCAAUCUACCGGGAUUCGAAGACCGGAUUCGCCAAGAGAAAACCGUACGAAGAGGGCGGUGAAAUUUUGGUGAGGCUGCCGAACGAGGCGGCCUUUGUCGGAUACUACAAGAAUCCCGAAGCGACGAACAAGAUGUUCGUGCGGAACGUUUUCAAAAAGGGCGAUCUGUUUUACCGCACAGGAGAUGCACUUCGACGAGACGAGGACGGCCGAUGGUUCUUCCUCGACCGGUUAGGCGAUACUUUCCGCUGGAAGUCCGAGAACGUUAGCACUGCCGAGGUCAGCGAAGUACUAGGCCACUUCCCAGGUGUUGUCGAAGCGAACGUUUACGGCGUCCAAGUACCGGGACACGACGGGCGCGCCGGCUGUGCAGCAAUUUACAUCGACCCUGCUUUGCUGCCGAAGUUUGACUUCAACGCUCUCCUCGCGCACUCACGCGCGAAACUGCCCAAAUACGCUGUUCCAGUCUUCCUUCGGGUGCUGAACGACAUCACCACCAUGCACAAUAACAAGCAAAACAAGGUGCCGCUACGGAACGAUGGUAUUGAUCUGAGGAAACUGCAAGAGAGGAAAGAUAUGGAGAGCGCGAAAGCUGGUUUGGCAAAAGACAGUAUCAGGUACGACACUAUCUAUUGGAAUCCUUCUGCGUUGAAUAAUGUGAAAGGAGCAAGCAAUGACGAUGAUGGGUUCGUUGUGUAUACGUUGGAGGAUUGGGACUACCUGCAAAACAGUGUGCCUAGUAAUCCUAAGAUAUAG